AUGAGAAAAGGCUUUGCAACGCUCCUGGCAGGUAAAUCGAUUUUUAGAAGAGAAUUAGAAAACGUUGGAGAAAUUAAAAAAAAAAAACUUCAGCUUCGUUGUUCUUCUCUCAAAUAGAAAAUAAUAAGUCGACAAUUUUUAGCAAAUUAUUAUCAUUAAAUUUUUAAGUUUUUCAAUUCUUGUCUCAUUUCUUCCCUUGCUCUUUUACAGUGGCGAUAAGGGUGUUACGUGUAUUACUGAUUUGAGCAAGCCGAGAUUAUUGUAACGUGUCUCAUAGUGCUGCGUACUAUUUUUCAUCUCCAUUUUAUUUCUAAUUCAUCGGAAACGUUUUAAGUUUCCGAAUUCUGUGAAAUUCUAUGAUCGAACACAUGUUAACAUUGGCAAUUGCCAAAUGAUUAUGAAUCUUAUAAAUUAUUAAUAAAAAUUGCGCCGAUAAUGGCGUGGUCCCCGAAUAGUGGCCACGCGAUGCGCGAUUUAAGUUGACCGACCUUCUCAAAUAAUUCAAUGAUCAUGAAUAACUUACAUAUAUAUUAUUGCUGCAUCGUGGAAACAAUCGAUUAGUCGUACAGAAUAGUUGGAAUAAAGCAUGAAUCUGACCUACAAAGAGAUGUUCAUAUUACAAUCAUGUUGACUUUAUUCUUCAGCCAAAUUUAUUUUAUUAAUAUCACACGUUUUUGGUCAAUAUCUUAGUGCCAGAACGAAUUUUAGUCGCACAUUAUUUAAUACACAUAACAUUGCUCGCUUGAAUUUCAAUAGAGUUGUCUUGCUUAAAUAUCUCGAAUGUAAAUAUAAUGACAAAGACAGUGAAUAGAUAUGUAAUUUCCUUUCUCUUGCCGAGGAUAAAUUACGUGAGAAAAUUAUUCCUAAAGAUAGCUACCUGCUCUGCGAAAAUUUUUAACCAUAUAAUAAAGCGUAGUUUUCAGUGAAACAUUUUAGUUUUAUCUUUUUUUUUCCAGUAUCCUGAUUUUCGUUGAAACGCCUGCAGCACGCGACACGCCAUUUGCCAUUUUUAUUGAAACUAGUUUCAAGAAAAUCAUCAACAACGGCGGCGAUCGGCGUUGGGGUUCAGCCCGUGUUAUCAUCCGGCUAUCAUAGCACGGUGCCACCCCAGAACGGAGGUGGUGGUUCGACAUUUAGUGCCGCGGCGAUGGUGGCAGCUGCCACCGCUACGGCCACCGCCACUGCUAGCGUGGUGGCCAUGCAGGACCGCCAAGACAUCCCUUCUCAAUUUAAUCAGAUGCAGAGUCAACAUGGAAUACCCCACCAAUCGUACAACGCAGGGUAUGCUCAAAGAGGACCAAUGGCCGGAAUGGGGCCAGUCGGGAUGAGCAACUUUAAUAGCAUGGGCACGAUGAGCCCAAUGCACUCUAUGAAUUCCAUGAAUUCGAUGAACAGUAUGAAUGGCAUGAACUCAAUGAAUCCUAUGUCAAUGGGAGGUAUGAACGGUAUGAAUGGUAUAAACGGAAUGACCCCCAUGAACUCCAUGAGUAACAUGGGCAAUAUGGGCAUGAACAAUAUGAUGGGACCCAACAACAUGCAAAUGAACAAGAUGAACAUGCAGGCUCAACCUCAUCAAGGUUAUACAAGGAGACUAGCGCCUUAUCCAAAUCCCGCGAUGCACAUGGCGCAAAAGAGGCAGCAGGGGCCGUACGCUGGUCCUAAUCCGGCUGCGAUGCAGCCAGCCUUCAACGGCAUGUCGUCGUCACAGUAUCCGACCAAUUACCCUAGUGCAGCGAGGCCGAAUUUUCAACCUCAAUAUCAACCUAUGCAGAGUAUGAAUCCAUCGGCUGCUGGCUUUGGCCCGAACUCCAUGAUACGGAGUAAUAACAUGAGACAAACUGCGCCCUCUUACAAUACUGCUAAUCAAGCGACGAAUAACCAAUAUUACGGUAGCAACGGUAUACCGGUUAGUAUGGGACCUACGACUGUUGGAAACCAGUUCGUUGGCCAUCAACCAAAUUCUGGGUACGCUGGUAGUACAUCUUCGUAUGGUGGAGCCGGUGCUGCAACGAGUCAAUACCAGCAAGAUGUUGCGUCAAUGAGAACGACGGGCGCUGGUAGUUUAAAUUACCAACACAGUCCUAUCCCUGGUAAUCCGACUCCUCCUUUGACACCGGCAACCAGUAUGCCCCCUUACAUCAGUCCAAAUCCAGAUAUUAAACCUAAUUUCAACGAAAUGAAAUCACCGGUUAAUAUUCAGAGUAAGUUAAAUUCACGAUGUUUCGAUCAUUUAGUUAAAAAAAAAAUCAGAAUAUUAAUAGCCUAUAUUUUUUUAUGUGUUUGCGCAGAGGAUGAUGAGUUAAGAUUAACAUUCCCUGUGCGGGAUGGCAUUAUUCUUCCACCCUUCCGCUUAGAACAUAAUCUGGCUGUAAGCAACCACGUUUUCCAAUUGAAACCCACGGUGCAUCAAACGUUGAUGUGGCGGUCUGAUCUGGAACUGCAACUCAAAUGUUUCCACCAUGAGGAUAGACAAAUGAACACAAAUUGGCCAGCUAGCGUACAAGUCUCCGUGAACGCUACGCCCUUAGUUAUCGAUCGUGGCGAGAAUAAAACGUCUCAUAAGCCCUUAUAUCUGAAAGACGUUUGUCAACCUGGAAGAAACACGAUACAAAUUACUGUAUCAGCAUGUUGUUGUUCCCAUUUGUUCGUGCUUCAAUUAGUUCAUCGACCAAGUGUGAGAAGCGUACUUCACGGAUUAUUACGUAAAAGGCUACUUACAGCGGAGCAUUGUAUUACUAAAAUUAAACGGAAUUUCAAUAAUACUAUUUCAAAUAACGGUAUACAGUCAGAGAAAGAUGUCGUAGAACAGACAGCACUUAAGGUAUCCUUAAAAUGUCCUAUUACCUUUAAACGCAUUACACUGCCAGCUAGAGGACAUGAUUGUAAACAUAUUCAGUGCUUCGAUUUGGAAUCAUAUCUACAGCUAAAUUGCGAACGAGGAUCUUGGCGAUGUCCUGUGUGCACGAAACCUGCACAAUUAGAAGGUUUAGAAGUUGAUCAAUAUAUGUGGGGCAUUUUAAACACUCUAAAUACUGCGGAAGUGGAAGAGGUUACGAUAGAUUCAAUGGCGAACUGGAAACCAGCGAAAAACUUGACUGGUAUUAAAUCUGAAGAAGAAAGCGAUUGCAAGAGAAUGACAAAGGCAAUGUCACCUGGAAGUAUGAAUAUGCCUACUAUGAAUAACUGGGAUAUGAAUCAAGCAAUGAGUCCGUACAUACCGCCUGAUAUGAGCAGCAUCGUAAGCGGUUCUAUGAUGAAUAAUACACCAACCACGUACGGAAACAACAAUAUCAAUCAUCGGAAUUCGUCGGGAGGAUCUUUCGAUAUUAAUUCUGGAGCGAGUACGAAUACCAAUAACGAUUAUACUAAUGGAGGGGGACCUCUUUCGCACUUAAAUGAAUCGGUGAACUCUUUAGAUCCUCUUAAUGCUAUGGAGAAAUCGCUUAACGAUCAAAUGCCUCACACGCCUCAUACACCUCAUACUCCUCAUACACCACAUACACCAGGUGGUGGAAAUAGUGGUCCACCGAGUGUUCCUCCUGCAUCCCAAGAAUCCACUGGAAACCUCAACACAUCUGGUAAUACGAAUACAAACAUAACCAACGAUACUACAGAUAUACCAUCAGACUUGAAUUUUGACCCAGCUGCGGUAAUAGAUGGUGAGGGUACAGGUCAAGAAGCAUUGAAUCUCUUGCCGGAUAAUGUUGUGGAUCCAAUGGAACUACUUUCAUAUCUAGAUCCACCAGAUCUGAAUACCCCUCCCAGCAGCGGCGCUAGCAGUGGUAACCCCUCGUCAAGCGAUGAUAUACUAGCACUUUUCGAAUAA